UUAGAGCGUAUAAAUAUUGCGGCAAAUUGCGACUAUUAAUCAUUCGACCCAUAGAUUCCAUCGAUAACACAAUUUGCUUUGGACAUCUAUACCAAAAUGAAACUCUUUAUUGCGUGCAUGUUGAUUGCCGCAGCGACGGCUGCAGUGAUUCCUGUCGAACAAGCCAGGCACCGUCGUGAUGUCUCCGAUAUCGCAAAUGAGUAUAUCCCACCAUUGGAGGAAGUUGGCGCUGAUGCUCCCACUGAGCACGUCGCCCAAGUCCCCACCACUGUAGGAGAAGAUGGUUACCGCUACAAAACAGUUCGUCGUCUAAAGUACCGUCAACGCCGCGAUGUCUCAGAGAUUGCCAACGAUUACCUACCCCCUUCGGAAGAGGUUGCAAGCGAAGCACCAGUUGAGGAAGUCGCCCAAGAUUCAGCCGUUCUCGGAGAUGAUGGCUACCAGUAUAAGACUGUCCGUCGCUUGAAGUAUCGUCAACGCCGCGAUGUCUCGGAGAUUGCCAAUGAAUACCUACCUCCAUCUGAGGAGGUGGCCACUGAGGUUCCAGUUGAGGAAGUCGCCCAAGAAACAGCUGUUUUAGGUGAAGAUGGCUACCAAUACAAGACUGUCCGUCGUCUGAAGUACCGUCAACGCCGCGAUGUCUCAGAGAUUGCCAACGAUUACCUACCCCCUUCGGAAGAGGUUGCAAGCGAAGCACCAGUUGAGGAAGUCGCCCAAGAUUCAUCUGUUCUCGGAGAUGAUGGCUACCAGUAUAAGACUGUACGUCUUCUGAAAUACCGCCAACGCCGUGAUGUCUCAGAUAUUGCCAACGAUUACCUGCCGCCUUCGGAAGAAGUAGCCACUGAGGUUCCAGUUGAGGAAGUCGCCCAGGAUUCCGCGGUUUUAGGAGAUGAUGGUUAUCAAUACAAGACUGUCCGUCGUCUGAAGUAUCGUCAACGCCGCGAUGUCUCAGAGAUUGCCAACGAUUACCUGCCCCCUUCGGAAGAAGUAGCCACUGAGGUUCCAGUUGAGGAAGUCGCCCAGGAUUCCGCUGUUCUCGGAGAAGAUGGUUACCAAUACAAGACUGUCCGUCGCCUGAAGUAUCGUCAACGCCGCGAUGUCUCAGAGCUCGCCAGUGAGUAUCUACCUCCAUCCGAAGAAGUUGCCACCGAGACUCCAGUUGAGGAAGUCGCCCAGGAUUCGGCUGUUCUUGGAGAUGACGGCUAUCAAUAUAAGACUGUCCGUCGUCUGAAAUACCGCCAACGCCGUGAUGUCUCAGAGAUUGCCAACGAUUACCUGCCGCCUACGGAAGAAGUUGCCACUGAGGUUCCAGUUGAGGAAGUCGCCCAGGAUUCCGCGGUUUUAGGAGAUGAUGGUUAUCAAUACAAGACUGUCCGUCGUCUGAAAUAUCGCCAACGCCGGGAUGUAUCCGAGAUUGCAAAUGAUUAUCUGCCCCCUUCGGAGGAAUUGGCCACUGAGGCUCCCGUUGAAGAAGUCGCUCAAGAUUCCACUGUUCUCGGAGAAGAUGGCUACCAGUAUAAGACUAUCCGUCGCCUGAAGUACCGUCAACGCCGUGAUGUCUCAGAGAUUGCCAAUGAAUAUCUGCCCCCUUCGGAGGAAUUGGCCACUGAAGCUCCAGUUGAGGAAGUCGUCCGGGAUUCCGCUGUUCUCGGCGAAGAUGGUUAUCAAUACAAGACUGUGCGUCGUCUGAAGUAUCGUCAACGCCGCGAUGUCUCAGAGAUUGCCAACGACUACCUACCUCCUUCCGAGGAAAUAGUUGCUGAGGUUCCAGUUGAGGAGGUAGCCCAGGAUUCGGCUGUUCUAGAUGAAGAUGGCUACCAAUACAAGACUGUCCGUCGCCUGAAGCUGCGUCAUCGUCGUGCCUUGUAAGUGCGCCAGCUGCUGCCUGCCUGGAUACGAUUAGAGCCCCACCAACUCCUAUUAGGACGUAAGUAAGGAACCUGUUUUGCCAUUAUUUAGCGAUUGAAAUCAACGAAAUAAAUCCAACGAAAAUUGUUAUAAUAUACA